CUGUGUCGUUUGGCUUCUUCGUUGCAGCUUCGGUGUAUAGACUUACAAUGUUAAAAGUUGCAUCGUAUACAUCUUGUUCACAUCUGACUCGUCAUCCGUGGCCCUCUGCAUGCUGUCAUUGCUCAGGGGAAGACUUCAUCCACCAUGGACAAGCCUUCUCUUCCCGAGUACUUAGUCGGUGGCCGCUACUUCCACGCAAAGACUCGACGUCCUGUUACCCUUCGGUAUAUUGGUCACCUUCCUCCGUCAUCGUCAUCGCGGGAUCCGUCUUCUCAAGUAUGGCUAGGCAUCGAAUAUGACGAUCCGUUGUUCGGCAAACAUUCUGGCGUCUACCAAGGCAUUCAGGUGUUCCACACUAGAGAAGAAGGCAGUGGGGCGUUCUUAAAGUUCGCGGGAAGACCACUUCAAGAAGGCAAAAACUUGGUCCAAAGCAUAGAGGAAAGGUAUGGCCCGAUUAUUCCUAACGACGAGGGACAGCCUCCUCAGAUAGCAGGCAAUGUGCAUGCCAACAGCAAAGGGCUCAUAUUAGGCUCAUCGAAAGGCUCUAUAAUCGUGGAAACCCCUAAUAACUGGGCAGAUGCUCAAAAGAGAGUAGGUAACCUGGAAAAGCUGAGGAUCAUGGGGUUCGAAGACGAAGGAAUAACUGAAUUGGGAGGAGACAAAAACCUUAGAGACAUCAUGAGGGCUAGGUUACGAGGUGUAGAAUGGUUAAAUCUCUCCAGAAACCUUCUGAAAGGGUGGGGAGAAGUUGCACAGAUCGUGGAGUGUUUCAAAGGACUACAGACUUUGACCUUAAGCCAUUCCCGAUUCGACGGAUUGUCAAGCGAUCUUCCUGAUGACACAAGACAACGACUCGGAGCCUUUAGCAAGAUAAGAGAGCUUCAUCUCUCAGACUGCUCAACAACGAUGAAAGAGGUCGUACUUAUAAUCUCGUUUCUUCCCAAUCUUCGGGUAUUGCAUCUUGAGGCCAAUCGGACAAUAUCGACUCUUUUGCUGGACGAACAAGAGUACCAGAUACUCGAUCGUUGCAAAACAUUGAAAGAGCUUAGGCUAGGAGGAUGUCCAAUUAGCCGAUGGGACGAAAUAGCUGUCAUUCUAGAACAUCUAUCAGGGCUAGAAUCUCUUGAUUUGUCAUUCACACCUCUUUCACAUGUGCCACGACCUUCAAUCACCACUUAUGCAAACAUUAGAAGCCUGUCAUUAUUCGGAUCUUGCCUCUUGCGUUGGGAGUACAUUGAUCAUAUAUCCCAGUACUUCCCGGCGUUAACCUCAUUACGGUUCUCGCUUUCGUCCGGCGCGAUAUCUUCUAUCGCUGCAAAAGGCACUCAAAACUCUUCCGCAUUUAUCUCGGCCUCGUCCGAUCUCCAGCGCUCGUUGAUAAUCCCAAAGCUCCCGAAUCUUAUCGCUUUUAACUCUACCACUAUCACACCUUCUGAAAGGCGAGAUGCAGAGCUCUUUUACAUCAAUCACGUCAAAUCACGUCUAUCUGAACAUCCGGACGAAAGAGAAAGUUGGGGUCGAUAUGUCGAACUGUGCAAAGUUUAUGGAAGGGACGAGACAUCAACGGAGAAGAAGCCUGAGGCUGGGCUGAAGAGGAAGAUGAUCACCCUCCGUGUCUACAAGCACCCUACCGAUCCUUCCCCCGGCACCCUCGCUUUGUUACCUUCAUCUUCAAUAAAGUUACUACUACAUAGGGUAUCGCGACUAGUAGGGGCUACCAGUACCGCUUCGCCACGUCUCUGGACUGUAAUAGAUAAAGGGGGAGAACUGGAGAAAGUUAUUGACAUCUCAAGGAAGAGGGAAGGCAACGACUGGACCGUAGGAUGGUGGUUUGAAGACGGCGACUGCGUACUUGUAGAUGAAGAUGAAUCAUGAAUACGACAUUGUUCAAGGGAAGACUGGACU